AUUGUCAAUGAUGCGCAUAACCAGCAUCUCAUUGCCUGGAACAAUUCUGGCACUUCCUUUUUCAUAUAUAAUGCUACUCGUUUUUCACAAGAUAUACUUCCUAUACAUUUCAAGCAUUCAAAUUAUUCUAGCUUCGUACGACAGUUGAAUAUGUAUGGUUUUCACAAGAUCAACAAGUCUCCUCGUGGCCAAAGAGGCAGUAAUGAAUAUGAAGUCUGGGAGUUCUCUCAUAAAAAUUUUCAAAGGGACAAUCCUAGUCUCUUGGAAGAUAUCAAGCGCAAAACCAUGGAUUCUGAAUUGUUGAGAAGAGAAAAUGGUGAUGUUCAUGCAUCCUUGGCCACUAUGCAGCAAUAUCAGGCUGAUCUUUUACGGCAAUUCAAAACACUUGAAGAAAACUAUUCUAAUCUGUUACAAAAUAUGGAAGAGAUGAAGAAGACACAGGCUCAACAACAAGCGACAAUUAGAAAACUUUUGGAUUAUGCAACUCAAACCUCUUCAAGUAAGUAUGAAGAUAUCAUUUUCCUUUGGUCAUCUCUAAUGUGUUUAUUAAAGUCAAGACAAACCAAAAUAUGCCAGAAAUGACAGUUAUGCCCACAUAUCAAACUACAAGUCAAUCUAAUCAAAAAUCACAUGGAUAUUCUGCGAUAAAUCAAGACAUGUGGUGUUUUUCAAACUUCAAUCCUCAUCUAUCAUCAUCCUAUCCUACUACAGACUUUGCUGACAAAGACUAUAAUCAAUCUUUAGCGAAUCUUCAAAUUCCUCAAGCAUAAUUUUCUUUUUUUGUGCACCUUGUAAAUAAUGUAAAAGUUAUAGAUUUGUUUGAUUUUGUAUAUUUUUU